CAUUUGAUGUGACAUUUCCAUCCUCACCACUUAAAUAUAUAUAUAUAUAUAUAUAUUUAAAAAAAAUCCAUUAAUUCUCUUCUUCCUGCCCCAUCUCCAUACUAUAAAUACCGCGAGCGGGGAAACUCAAGGAAACAGAGCAAGAGCCCACCAUGGCCACUUCUUUUUCUUCUACUUCAUCGUCAUCUUCUUCUGCUAUUGCUUCUCUGGUUUGUGUGUGUCUCUUGUCUCUUCUGCUUGGCCAUGGAAUAUUAAGGGUUGAAGCUUCCCACAAAGUCUACAGACACCUUCAGAGCUCUGAAUCACUGGCUGACUCUUCAGCAGAUCAGCCUUACAGAACUGCCUACCACUUCCAACCUCCCAAGAAUUGGAUGAACGAUCCUAAUGGACCCAUGAUUUAUAAAGGCUUAUACCACUUAUUCUACCAGUGGAAUCCCAAGGGGGCGGUGUGGGGUAACAUCGUGUGGGCCCACUCCACAUCGAAGGACCUUGUGAACUGGAUCCCCCAUGAGCCUGCCAUCUACCCGUCACAGCCCGCCGAUAUGAAUGGUACCUGGUCAGGGUCGGCCACCAUCCUCCCGAAUGGCACACCGGUGAUACUCUACACUGGAAUUAACCCUGCGAACCAGCAGGUUCAGAACAUAGCAUUCCCGAAGAAGGCAUCCGACCCGUACCUGAUAGAAUGGGUGAAAACCCCAAAGAACCCCUUGAUGGCCCCGACUGCCUCAAACAUGAUCAACGCAAGCUCCUUCAGGGACCCAACAACGGCCUGGGUGGGCCCAGAUGGGAGGUGGAGGGUAAUUAUCGGCAGCAAGAGGGGCAGAAGAGGAAUGGCAAUUUUGUAUCGGAGCAAGGACUUCAUCCACUGGGUGAAGGCCCAGCACCCACUUCACUCCGCCCCAAACACUGGGAUGUGGGAGUGCCCUGACUUUUUCCCUGUUUCCACUGUUUCCCCUCUGGGCCUCGACACAUCAUCCAAUGGGCCUCGUGUGAAACAUGUGCUCAAGGUAAGCUUGGAUGACACUAGGAAGGAGUACUACACAAUCGGGACGUAUGACCCUUCCAAGAAGGAUGUUUAUACCCCAGACGCGGGCUCGGUCGAGGGCGAUCUCGGUCUCAGGUUCGACUAUGGGAAGUUCUACGCAUCUAAGACUUUCUUCGAUAGCGCCAAGAAUCGGAGGAUACUCUGGGGCUGGAUUAACGAGUCAUCCAGCGUGGAAGAUGACAUCAAGAAAGGGUGGUCCGGACUUCAGGCUGUUCCAAGAGUGAUCUGGCUGGACAAGUCUGGGAAACAGCUGGUGCAGUGGCCGGUAAUGGAACUGGAGAAGCUCCGCACAGGCCGUGUCGAUGUACCGAGCAAGUUGCUCAGGGGAGGGUCUAAGUUUGAGGUGUCUGGAUUCACAGCUUCACAGGCGGACGUGGAAUUGUCAUUUGAAGUGAAGAAUCUUGACAAGGCAGAGAAGUUUGACCCAAGUUGGGUAAAAGCACAAGAUUUGUGUACCCAAAAGACUGCAACAGUCAAAGGUGGGAUCGGACCAUUUGGGAUAAUGGCCUUAGCCUCCAAGGGAUUGGAAGAGUACACUGCCAUCUUCUUUAGGAUCUUUAAGGGCACUAACAACAAAUAUGUGGUGGCCAUGUGCAGUGACCAAACCAAGUCAUCGCUCAACAACAGCACGGACAAGGCUAACUAUGGAGCCUUCUUGGAUGUCGACCCUGCCAAGGAGAAGCUGUCGCUCCGGACCCUGAUUGACCGCUCCAUUGUGGAGAGCUUUGGUGGGGAAGGGAAGGGAUGCAUCACAGCCAGGGUUUACCCCACUAAGGCAAUCGGGGAUGGGGCCCACCUUUAUGCUUUUAACUAUGGAGCUGGGGACGUUCUGAUCUCAAGUUUCAGUGCUUGGAGCAUGAAGAAGGCCCAAAUUAAUUGAUUAUUAUGGAAUGAGAGGUUGAAGAAGAAGAAUAUUUUUCUUUGUACUUUUAUUUCUGUAUUAUGGCAUCUUGAGAAUUCAAUUUGAAAAAUCUCUACGAAGUAAGAUAUUCUUGUAUUGGAUGCAGAAAAUAUCGAAAUUUUCUACCCUCUUUCUUUUAAGGAAAUUAAUUGUAACUGCGGGUUGCUUGUUAUUUAAGUGUCAUAUGCAUCGUUGACUAAUC